AGCUGCAGGAGGCUGAUUUUUUCGCCCGCAGCUCCGUGGAGGCCUAGUCUGAUCUGGGGUCCGUUUUCGGUAAACGUUAGACUGGUAAACGUUAAUGUGGCCUUUCAUAAAGCGGCAACCGAAGCAUCGUCGUUUCGGUUUCUUUGACCUUGUUGUGAUUUAGUUAGUUGAUUUGUGCAGGUUAUUGUGAGGGGACGCCGGCAGUUUAUUAAUAUAUAUAUUUAUGUUUCUGAUGUGAGAAAGCUGCUGAUAAUUGUGAAGGAAGUCCGGUUGUUUAGUAACGGUUAGCCGUUAGCUGCCGCAGCUGACGAGCUAACGUCGGAUAGCUAACUACAUCCUGGAACAGAAAAUAUUCAUUUAAUACCUCGUAUAAAUUAUCAUUAUUAUUAUUUCUGGAGACGGCAAGCAAACUGUGUCAGCGUCACGUUAAUGUUUUAAAGACAAACUGAUAAAUUGAGCCAGCUAACGUGAGGUGCUCCGAUUUGCAUUUCAGGAAAUAGACCGAGCCCGAUUCUCUGGUUUUUAAUGAAGCUCUAGCUAACAGUUAUUUAUGCGGGUUGUCCCUUUAAGGAAAAUGCUUCGGGUGUUUGCAGCUAUCACUGAGGACGUGUGUAAACACAGAAAAAAGCACUCAGCUGCUCUCAGUGUUCUGGUUAGCAUUUCUUUAAACCACAUCCACCUUCUCAGUCUGGCACUGAAACACCCCACAUCUCCUGGCACUGAAUCCCUACAUGCGAAGUGGAAGGAUGACGGAGGCGUGGCAGCAGCAGCAGCAGCAUGCAGUGGCUCCACCUUCUGUAGUGCACACACUCCCCCAGGGAGCCGACAACCCUCUGGGCUGCACUGUGUAUGGAGUCGUCCUGCAACCGGAUACCCUGCAGCAAGCACAGCAUGGCCAGCAGCACGCCGUGCAAGCCCAGCAGCCCUCCUUGCAGGUAGGGGGCGAGAGAGGGCACAAGUGCGGAGCCUGUGGCCAUGACAUAUCUCACCUGGCCAACCCUCAUGAGCACCAGUGCAUGGUGAACCAAGACCGAUCCUUCCAGUGCACGCAGUGUAUGAAGAUAUUCAGCCAGGCGACGGACCUUCUGGAGCAUCAGUGCGUGCAGGUGGAGCAGAAGCCGUUUGUGUGUGGCGUGUGUAAGAUGGGCUUCUCCUUGCUCACGUCUUUGGCCCAGCAUCACAACUCGCACGGCAACGGCAACAACCCGAUGAAGUGCUCCAUCUGUGAGAAAACCUACCGACCAGGUUCCGGAAACGUCACCCCGACCUCGUCGGCCGCCAACCCCCAGCAGCCCUCCACCGGUGAGACGUCCGGUGGCGGCGCGGCGAUCAGUGCCUCGUCUCCUCCUGCUUUUGAGGCCUCCGCACCAGACAGGCCGUACAAGUGCUCAGUGUGCCAUAAAUCCUUCCGGCAUUUGUCAGAGCUGACCCGCCACGAAAGAGUACACACUGGUGAAAAGCCAUACAAAUGUGACACAUGUGAUAAAAGCUUCAGCCAGUCUUCACAUCUGGCGCACCACCAGCGUACGCACAGUUCCGAGCGGCCGUACAAGUGUGCCGUGUGCGAGAAGAGCUUUAAGCACCGCUCUCACCUUGUGCGGCACAUGUACGCUCAUUCGGGCGAGCACCUUUUCAAGUGCAAUUUGUGUGAGAUGCACUUUAAGGAGUCAUCCGAGCUCCUGCACCAUCAAUGCCAGCCAGAAGGGGAACGGCCCUUCCGCUGCGGCUCUUGUGGAAAGAGCUUCAAGCGCCCGUCUGACCUGCGGCAGCACGAGCGCACCCACUCGGAGGAGCGACCUUUCCAGUGCGAGGAGUGCCAGAUGAGCUUCAAACAGCAGUACGCCCUCGUACGUCACCGGCGCACUCAUAAAAACCCAGCUGAUCGCCCUUUUAAGUGUAACCUGUGUGAUAAAGGAUUUCUUCAACCAUCCCACCUGCUUUACCAUCAGCAGGUUCACGGUAUGGAAAGUCUGUUUAAAUGUGCGUCCUGCCAGAAGUCUUUCAGCCAAUCGGGAGAACUGCUGCGGCACAAAUGUGGCGGCGAAGUAGAAAAGCCCUACAAGUGCGACGUGUGCGGCAAAGGUUACAAAAAGAAUUCAACGCUUCAACGCCACCAAAACUCGCACUGCACGGAGAAGCCGCUGAAAUGCUCGCUGUGUGACAAGCGCUUCGUGUCGUCCUCCGAGUUCGUCCAGCACCGCUGCGACCCGACACGCGAGAAGCCCCUGAAAUGUCCCGAUUGCGAAAAGCGCUUCAGGUACUCGUCCGAGCUGCAGCGCCACCGCCGCGUUCACACCGGGGAGAAACCUUUCAAGUGCGCCAGCUGCGACAAGAGCUUCAAGCAGCGCGAGCACUUGGCCAAGCAUCAGAGCGUCCACUCGCGGGAGACACAGUUUAAGUGCGUGUGGUGCGGAGAGCGUUUCGUUGACCUCACAGCUCUGCAGGAGCACACGGUCCAGCACACCGCUGAAGGGGAGAGUUUCCCUGAAGCUCCCUGCAUCCCGUGAACAGCGCUGCUCUGCCGUCCUUGGCAGCAGAUAUGACAUUCGCCCUGAAAGCAACGUGUGCCAGCCUCCGCUCUCCCAUUUCUAGGUUUCUAACAUGCACCUGCUAAUUCUGUUUAAUAAUUUUAGUAAGUUAAGACUUAAAUCAUCCUCAUCCUUCUUUGAGUAAAAGUCAAAACACCCCUAAAUCGAUUAGGAGGGAUUAGGAUCCCUUUACUUAGUUUGGAACUAUAAAAACUUGAACAGAACUGAAUGAAAAAAAGGCUUGUGAUGUAAAAUGUGGCAAGAUCUUGAUUUUUUGUGUGAGCGUGGGACCUUCCUCUGUGGUUGCAUGUGAUCGUCCGUUUUUUUUGUAACCGUCGAUUCCGUCGUCGAGAAAGUCGGCGAGAACCUCCAGACAGUCGUCAGAUACGUGUGCUCAUGUGUAAGCUCCUCUGAAAUCCAUGUGCCUUUUUUUACCGAUCACUCAUUUUUUUGUGUUUUUUUUUUUUUUUUUUUUUUAAUUUCAUGUCCAGUAUAGCCGGUAAAACCCCCCCCCCCCCCACCUCCCAUCCGUUCACACACAGCGGCUGGCUCGUGCAGCAGUAUCUUUUCACAUACUAGAUCUUAGGUAGUAUCAUCUGUUUGUGCAUGAAUAUUUAUCACACUUUAAUAUCACUAUUGUAUUAUAGGUUUGGUUUAUUUAGGAAAAAAAAACAUCCUAAAGAAAAAGAAAAACAAGUGGAUUUGUGAAAAAAUGUAUAGCCUGUGUCCUAUGAAAUCUGUGUUGUUGCAUCUUUGUAUUAAAACAAAUGACAUCUAGGUAACUAACCCGUACCUAUCAUGUCAUACAAACACUUGACAUGUGCAAUAGAACAUGCACAAUGUAAUAUUUAUGACUACUGAUUAAUGGCAUAGUCUACUCUGUUAUUAUAGAUUGUGUGUAUACGCUUAUGUAAACAUUGAAAAACUGUAUAGUGCUUAUGUUACCUGCUUUUGUAUUCACUAUGAAUGAGCUUGCUGUAUUUUGCAAGCACUUUUAGUUUCAUUUCAAGUCGAAUUUAUCACAAAGUUUAACCCGGCAAAAAUUUCAAAACAUUAUAUCGCUCACUCGCCACAAACUAGCAGCAUUAGUUACUGUGUGAUAGAUCUAAAAUAAGUCAUUUUAUUUUGUAUUUUUUUUGAAGAAUUGGCCUUGUAAUAUCCUCACAGGAUUCUAGCCUCCUCCUGGUCCAGACUUAAGACGUUUCAGCAGAUUUCUUCCAAUAGCCUCAAAGUUGCAAUUUAUGUUGGUUCAUGCCAGGGAAAAAUGUGUGUACUUUAGUUUACUGUGUGGAUUUCUAUAUUCUGUACAAUCUUUGCAGUAUAUUUAAAAAAAAAAAAAGAGAAGGUUUUUUGGAAAUGUAAAAAUUCACGGACAAAGGGAAUUACAGCGGGCAACUGACCGGGGUGGGACGGACGGAGACCGUGUGGUUGUGCCACGGUUGAAGUCCUGGCGAGUCUGCUUCGAAGCCUCCGACGGGAGGACGAGGAGAACAAGUGUAAUGGAGCAUUGGAUUUACACACACACACACACACACACACGGAUGUCAAUAUAGACUCCUGUUCAUACUGUAUACAGACAAGUAAAAUAAACCACCCUUAUGGAAACGAAGGUGUACAUUUUCAUCAGUCGUUAUUUUCUUGAUUAAUUGUCCGAGCUAUAUAAUGCUGCUCACGGUUUCCUGAAGCACACGGUGACGUCUUCAAACUGACGCUCAGUUUAGAGCUGCAACAAUUAUUCAAUCAGUAUAUUUAUAGAAAAUUAAUCCGCAGUUAUUUUGUUAGUCGAUCAAGCAAAAAUGCCAAAUGUUUGAUGUUUCCAGGUUCAUAAAUGUGAGAAUUUACUGUUUUUCUUGAUCAUUACAUGAUAAUAAACUGAAUAUUUUUAGCGUGUUGGACUAUUUAUUGGACAAAACAAGAUAUUAGUGACGCCACCUUGUGCUCUAGGACGUUCUGAAGGACAGUUUUCACUGUUUUCUGAUGUUUUUAGACAAAACGAAUAAUCAAGAAACUAAUUGUCAGAUUAAUUGAUGAUUAAAAAAUAAUCAUUACUUGCAGCUCUAGUUCAGUUUAAUCUCAUUCGACAAAGAAAGGAAGCACAUUUUAACAAGAAACAUGGAAAACACAUAAUUAUCAAAAUAGUUGAUUUUCUGUUAUUGAUUGAUGAGUUGCUUCAGCUCUACAGCCAACACCACUCUGUUAUCUAUGUUGAUGAAACUGAUGCUGCUUUGAUUGAUGAAGAACUUUUAUAGUGAAUUCAUGUAAAUGCCAUAAACAUUUGAAAGAUAAAAGUCUGUGAAUAUUGGAAA